UCUGACUUCACUCAGACCGUAACUUUGUCUGUGGGGUGAUUUUACAGGUCAGAUCGCCUGAUUUUUGUGUAUUUCUGCACGGAUCUGUGUGUGUGUUGCUGAAUGUCCCUGUCUGAGUCAGGACUAAAGCUUUUACUGUAGAUACAUCUCUUAAAGAUGAUGCAGACACUGAAAAAUGUCAGACAUUUGGCCACGGCAACGAUGAAACAUACAGUGACUGAGUUCAGGAUGCCAGUGCCCUGGGGGGAGAUGAGAGGCCGAGCCUGGGGUCCUGAUCAUGGGCGUCCUGUGCUCUGCCUGCACGGCUGGUCUGACAACUGCGGCUCCUUUAACACGCUCAUCCCUCUGCUACCUGCUGAUUGGAGGUGUGUUGCUGUAGAUUUGCCUGGUCAUGGCUUCUCCUCUUACAGACCUGCAGGAAUUUUCUACACGUUUCCUGCUUAUAUCACAGACAUACGACGCGUCAUUGAAGCGCUACAAUGGAAACGCUUCUCCAUAAUUGGCCACAGUAUGGGUGGAAAUAUAGGUGCAAUGUUGAGUGUGUUGUAUCCAGACAUGGUGGAGGGAUUAGUGCUCCUGGACUCCUAUGGAUUUCUCCCGAUAGAUGUGAAAAGAAUGAGCAUGAUCAUGAACAGAGGGAUUGAGGAAAUGAUGGAGUAUGAAAAAAAGUUGCCUGAAAGGAAAGAAAGGAUCUACACCUAUGAGGCGGCCAAAGAGAGGCUGAAGGCAGCAAAUCAGUUUCUCUCAGACAAGUCAUUAGAGAUUCUUCUAGAGCGAGGACUCCAGAAGGUGGAUGGAGGAGUGGUGUUCACCAGAGACAUCAGAAUAAACCUAACUAACAUUGUGCGGAUUACGUUGGAGCAGUGUCUACAGAUGCAGUCACAGAUAAAAACUAAAGUGCUCCUGCUGCGGGCGAGCCAGGGUUUGCAGAAGACCUUCCCCCAACCUGAGGAGUUAGCAGUUCCCUUACGAAAGGGCUGGUCAGGACUACGAAACACCUUCAUAGAAUUGGAAGCGGAUCAUCAUGUGCAUUUGAACAACCCUGAGCUCGUGGCACCCAUCAUCACUGAGUUCCUGCUGUCCCAGACGUCUCAACAAACUGCUAAUGCAUCCAGCAUCAAUCAGGCUUCAAAAUUAUAAAACCCGUCUUCCACACAUGUAUGAAUUUUAUGCACAUACUCACCAUUGCUGGAUUUUAAUACAAGUACCAGAACUCAUUUAUUCCUUCUGAGUGAUUUUUUUUAACUAAGUGAUGAGAAUGUAAGGCAAGGUGGAACAGGGAGGGAACAGGGAGGUGGAAGAAAUAUACAAGUUAUAAACUAAUGUUUAAAGGAAUAUUCAGUCAUUUUUGGCCCGUCUUAACUGAAACUACAUUUUUGAAACUCAAGAUCCGAACAAAUAGUCCCUCACUUAGUGAGGGACAAUAGUCCCCCAAAGCCACACACAUACUAGACAAGAUGAUGUGAAUGCUAGUAUAUGAGGAAGAGUAUCAGGAGGAGUGACAGGGAGCAUGAUUGACAGGCAGGUAGAGACGCCUCCUUUUCCCGAUUGGCUGGAUGUUGGUGGUCCGUAUCAUUUCACCCCUUUACAGCCUGGGAUGUCCACAGAGGUAUUUUAUUGAGGAGAAAUUCUCCAAAUAUGUGUGGCAGCCCGAGAAUAUGGAACUGAAAACUGAACUGAAAUAUGCUUCCCCUCUGCACAUAUCUCAGCCACAAAUAAAGUUCUGGUGGUCCAAAAUUGAAAAGGGAGAAAACUGCAUUUAAAGAUUCCUUUGAAUGUGGUGCAGGAGCAUUACAGACAUUUUGACAGCUGGUACCUGAUUACAAACUGAACAGAUUAGGCUUAUGUCCAUUUCACUACAGCACAUAGCUAUACAUAUUAUACUGUACUCUAGUAACAUUAUCAAAUGAAUUUUCUCUGGCACUGUGUUUCUCUCUCACUCUCUCUCCUUGUCUGUUGUGUGUCCUCGGUGCUGAUACUUACAAAUGAAAUAAAACAAAUCAGUUGCACAACACAAAUCACACAAUAUUUCACUGAGUUAUUGGUUAUAUUUGCAUAUCAGAUUGCAUAUCAUGUAUUGUUUCUUGAUGAACAAAACUAGCUGUAUUGUCAUUUUUAUUACUUUAUAACUAAUGUUUUAUUCGUAGUCUUUGUGAUAAUCUGACUAUGAAGUAUUUUAAUGCUUUAAAUAAAAAAGAAACCCUGCUCUG